AUGGAAAAUAGAGCGAGUGACUGGUUCCCUAUCCCAUCCAAACCGUUGGAUAUGGGGCCCAAAUUCGACUGUGAGCCGGACAAAAUUAAAGAGACAGCAAAAACGUAUGGCUGGGGCUCUCGGGCCCGUGAGGUUGAGCGAGACUCAGAUGAGUAUAAGCAAUGCAUAGAGAAAGCAGGCAAGGUAGCUAUUAUUUUGAAAAGACUGUCGGAUCAACGCAUCACGGUUGACGUAUCUCAAUAUCGUCUUGUCUGCAUUUUUCUCGAUAUUAAGCAAAGCGAAUUGCACGAUAUCCUCAGCUGCAUAACUGCCUGUAAAGACGAACUGGUGAGGCAUAUGUUUAAUGCCAAGAAGGGUCCGAUCAUGACCCUGCCACUCCCAGGCGACCAGCUUGAGGAAGGCCAUGAGAGAAUGUGUUUUGGUUUCAAGACAAUCAAGCAUGAUUCUAACAGUAUAUAUGUGGAGCUGGCUUACCAUCUUGAACGAUUCAUUCUGAAAAUAUUCCCUAACUAUAUCGAUAAUGGAGAUGAAAGAAAUAUCACACUGCCAUUCAUGAUCGAAAAUCAUUUUCUGGCGGUUUUGACUACGCCUGAUAUCAGAGACGAUUUUGCACUCCGUCGCAGACGCAAUCCACUGGGACUUGAGGCUAAGAGAGCCUACCAUAUCCCGUGUAAAGAGGCUCGUUUUGCUGAUCCAGUCUCAAAGUCAGUCCUCAAGGGACUUAGUUCUGAGCCUGACGUGGGCAAUUAG